UGAGAGCGCCGGGAGGCGGGCCGUGUCUCAGGUCGCAACGUCAUCAAACUGCGUCCUACCCGGAAGAGACGUGGCAACAGCGGACUCAGCCUCAAUAGGAGCCUUGAAGCACCAUGGGGCUGUGUAAAUGCCCCAAAAGGAAAGUCACCAACCUUUUCUGUUUUGAGCACCGAGUGAAUGUCUGUGAGAGCUGCCUCGUCGCAAACCAUUCCAAGUGCAUUGUUCAGUCCUAUCUCCAGUGGCUUCAGGACAGUGAUUACAACCCCAAUUGUCGUCUUUGCAACACCCUCCUGUCCACCAAAGAUACUGCCCGGCUUGUGUGUUAUGAUCUGUUUCACUGGUCAUGUCUCAACGAGAUGGCAAACCAGCUCCCAAAGAACACGGCCCCAGCUGGCUACCAGUGUCCCAGCUGCAAGGGUCCUAUCUUCCCCCCAGCCAACCUGGUCAGUCCAGUGGCCUCAGUGCUGCGAGAGAAACUGUCGACUGUGAACUGGGCUCGGGCCGGGCUUGGGCUGCCACUGAUUGAUGAGGCUGAUACCAUACAAGAGACAGAGUCGCCUGAUACCACAGAUUACACUGAUUGGUCUAGCUUCUCUGCAACUGCAGGCCCCAGCUCAGAGGAGACCAUCCAGCAAAGUGCCAUGUUGGCCUAUUCCUACAGUGCUCCGUCUGGCCUCUCUUCCCCACAGCAGCAGCAGGGUGUGAACAAUGGGGGCGUGAAGGAGGAGCAUUCAGUCAUCGACAUGGGGAAUGCUAGCAAUGAGACCAUCACCAUCAAUGCAGCAGCCUCUACACCACGGAAGGUCUAUGACACCCGGGAGGGUGGGGGUGGCAGUGGCAGAGCAUCCAGCACCCAAAUCGACUGUGAUGAGGACAAGUACCGCCGGCGGCCAACGCUCAGUUGGUUCGCACAGCUUCUGAAGCGCUACCAUAAUACUGCUAAUGAUGCACAUGCCCUGAUGUCGCUUUGGGCCUCUGGGCACUGCUACUGUCAUGCUAAUAACAAGUCCCCUGGCAGGAAUCGCUCUGGGUCCAAGAAGCGGCAGCCAAGAUCCCUGAUGCAGCGAUUUGUCAUCAUCCUCCUGAUUGGCGGCAUCGGCUUCCUAACUCUGAUCAUCAUCAUGUCAAAGCUGGGCCGGGCCUCGGCCGACAAUGACCCCAACCUGGACCCCAUGUUCAACCCCCACAUCCGGGUGGGCCAGGAAUGAACCGAGCUGGUGGCUCCUCCCUGGGCACCAAGAAUGACCUGCCAAGGCAGGGAUGCUGGGAACUGGCAGCUGCAAGUGUGGCUCCAGGGGGAGUACAAGGGGAAGCCUCCAUCCAGGACACUGCUGGGUCAGUGAAACAUGAAACUGGUGAGGGGGGUGUGAAGUGACUUUGGCCUCUUUUAAAAAUGAGACUCAACUCUCUAGGUGGGGUGGGCAGAGCAGGAUUGGGAGGAAAGGGGAGACUUGUACAGCUACGGAUUGGGCCCCCCGAGGUGGCUGGAGUGAGCUCUCUAGUCGCUACGUGCUCCAGCUGAGAAUCAGCCACUGUAGCUGUUCAGCUUUGAAAAGGGCCAGGAAAGAGGAAAGCGUCAAGCACUGGUGAUCAGGGAGGGCUUGUGCUGCUAGUACGAGUGUGUCCAAGGACUGGGGCAGGUGAGAGGCAGCACGGGAAUGGAAGCCUGGACUCCUGGGUUCCAUUGCCAGCCCACAAGGAUGUAUUGGUCAGAGCAGGGAAACGGGGAGCCAGGAUUCCUGAGUUCUGUUCCCACUGCCACUGACCCUGUUGCGCAAUCUCAGGUGAGUCACUUCCCUGCUCCAUGCCUCAGUUUCCCCACCCUGUAACUAGCAAUGCUGCUGGUGGGGUAUAUGCAGAGAAAUUGGGCAUUUCCAUUCCUUCCUGCAGAAGAGCUGAUUUUAGCAGCACUCAAGGGCAAAUGUCCCACAGCUUCUUGGAAGCGUGAACUCCUUGGCAUUACAGCCCUGCCGCCCUGAAGCUGGCAUCUGGCUCCUUAAACCUUGGGCUUCAGUGCCCUUCCCCAUGGAGCCUCUCAAUUGUCUGUCACUUGGAACUUGCCAGCCCAGAAUGUCUCAGUGGGUGAGAACACAGUUGUUUGAAUGCAGGUGUUUGAAAGUGUUCAGGGCUCUUUUGUUCCCCUUUCCCAUUCUCCAAUCCUGGGCAGACUCAGCUUCCCCAGAGGUGGCUUGUAAAACCCAUCCCAUAUUUGAUGGACCCAUUCCUGUAGCCUCAAAGCGCUGCAGAGCUCUCUGAUUCUAAGCUCAUCUGCUACAUUAAGCUACCUUAUAGUUUAUUCAUCCUUGUCUCCAAAACCCCUUUGCCCCAAAGAGGGAAGUGUCAUUUUUUUCCUGGUCUCAACUAGAUGGGAGACAAGAGGAUCUGUUUGACACUGCCAGCUGCUGGGACUUUUUGGGGGACGCCUGUUCCAACAGAAACCUCCUUUCCUGCCUGGGGAUGGGGCAGGAUUUUAGCCCCACCCACAGACCCCACAUAAAACUGCCCUUCUGCUUUGCUGUGAAUGGGAGUGGUGCAGAAUCUUCUAUCAUCCCCCUUCUCCCACAUAUCCUUUGGGGGUUCAAAUGGAAUGGACACUGGAUCACAACCCUCUCCCUGCCCCACACACACACGUUUUAGUUUUGCAAAUGCAGCUCAUUGAACCAAAUAACAGGAACCAGCCCCUUGUCACAUCCUCAUUUACCCUCCCCUCCUACUGAGCUAUAUUGGGGGGUGGGGGAGAUAUAACUUUCUUUCACCUAUUCUAAUUUUUCACAUCAGUAACUAUCUGGGCCUUAACUUUUCUAGAAUUCAAAGGGCAAAUACUGAGAUCCACUCUUCUAUGUCCAGCAUUAUUUGUAGGGAUGAGAUGUUGUUAACCCCCUCCCCCAACAUCAUCUCCGUUGAGGGGAACCUUCGCUUCCCAUCUCAUAAUACCGGGGGAAAGGGAAGGAGUUGGCUGGGCCUCUUGGGUGUGAUUAUUUUACUAAUGAGAAUGGGGUGGGGUUGGUGUCCCCCUGCGUCUCAUGAGGGCGGGGGGGUGUAAUUCCAAAGCUGGUCCCUCCCGUCUCUGUACAGAGCUGUUGCUAUGGGUGCUUUGGGCUGCCCCCUACUGGAAAGGGGCAUGUGUGUGUGAAAUAUUCUGUUCUGUUCUGGAGUUUAGGGAGGGGAUGGGACAUGCUGGUCAGCACUGGAGUUUAAAGAUGGGGGGGUGGGAGGGAAAGAGACUUCCUGGCUUGUGGAUUUUCAGAGCUCUGGUGGGGAUGGGGUUUCAUGCUUUGAAUACAGUUGCUUUCCUUCUAUUUAUUGAAAUGGUUGAUAGGAGACAGUUCUUCCUGCAGGGUGUGAAAUGCAUGGGGCGGCCUCAGUGACCAAAGAGAGCCAACGCCACGCCCCCCCCCCCGCCCACAAAAUUACCAUUGCCUCCAGUCCCCCUGUUUUCCUGAGUCCAGAUCUUUGACUGGGCCUGAGUCGGGAUCUGUUUUUCAACCUCCCCAGCUCCCACCCCCUUCUGUUAAUGGCUCUGCUAGCCCUGGGGUAGGGGAGGUGGCAUGGAACUUAGGCUGGAAGGCAGUAGAGGAAAAACAUCACCUUCCUCACAAGCCACUGCCAGUGGAAAGGAGAGCUAUGAACAUAAGUCCUGUGGGCUUCCACCAAAGGGUGGGAGCUGUUUGUGGUGGGGAAUGGAAGGGGUGGAAUCAGAACCUCUUCCCCUCCCUUGGGUUAGUUCCAGCAUGAGCCAGAGGGUUGGAUUGGGCCCAUGCCCUUUAGCAUGACCCUAUGGUCAAGGUGUUGGGAUGGGGGUUGUGAUGGGCCACUGCUAUGGAAUGGGAUGAGCCCUGUAGCCAUCAAAUGCUCCCACUGAGGGUUGGCCACCUGAGUUGUUGAGCGCCCAUUGGGCAUGUUGGGGGAAAGAUCCUGGCUGUAAUGACUGCCUUGCUCCCACCUCCCAGGAAGGUGACAUGACUAAUGAAUGACACCGUCACUAACACUACAGCAAUAUCCUGUAUUGUUAUUAAACUUGAUUUUGGCUACA